CUCAGCCAAUGGGAGGCGGCGUUGUUGGCAGCCACGGCGGCGCAGUCCCGGAGCGAGCGAAACCCAGACGGCUGCAGCCACUGCCGCAGGAGGCGUGAGGAGAUAAAAACAUUCAGAUGGCAGAUAACAGUUUUUCAGAUGGGGUUCCUUCAGAUUCCUUGGAAGCUGCUAAAAAUGCAAGUAAUACAGAAAAACUCGCAGACCAGGUGAUGCAGAAUCCUCAAGUUUUGGCAGCUUUACAGGAACGUCUUGACAGUGUCUCCCACACUCCUUCAAGCUACAUCGAGACUUUACCCAAAGCAGUAAAAAGAAGAAUCAACGCACUGAAACAGCUUCAGGUGAAAUGUGCUCAUAUAGAAGCCAAGUUCUAUGAAGAAGUUCAUGACUUGGAAAGAAAGUAUGCAGCAUUAUACCAGCCUCUCUUUGACAAGAGAAGGGAAUUCAUCACUGGUGAUGCUGAGCCGACAGAUGCAGAAUCCGAAUGGCACAGUGAAAAUGAAGAGGAGGACAAAUUGGCCGGAGACAUAAAAAAUAAAGCAGUCAUAGCGGAAAAAGAAGAAGCAGCAGCAGAAGAGCCAAACCCAAAAGGAAUUCCAGAGUUCUGGUUUACCAUCUUCAGAAAUGUAGAUAUGCUAAGUGAAUUAGUUCAGGAAUAUGAUGAGCCAAUCUUGAAACACCUGCAGGAUAUCAAAGUGAAAUUUUCAGACCCUGGACAGCCUAUGUCUUUUGUAUUAGAGUUCCACUUUGAACCCAACGACUACUUUACCAAUUCAGUCCUGACAAAAACGUACAAGAUGAAGUCAGAGCCAGAUAAGGCCGAUCCCUUUUCCUUUGAAGGUCCUGAAAUAGUUGACUGUGACGGGUGUACCAUUGACUGGAAGAAAGGAAAAAAUGUAACAGUCAAAACCAUCAAGAAAAAGCAGAAACAUAAGGGCCGAGGCACCGUCAGAACAAUCACCAAACAAGUCCCCAACGAUUCCUUUUUCAACUUCUUCAAUCCGCUGAAAGCAUCAGGGGAUGGAGAAUCACUGGAUGAAGACUCCGAAUUCACGCUAGCCUCCGAUUUUGAAAUUGGACACUUCUUCCGUGAGCGGAUCGUGCCGCGCGCUGUGCUCUACUUCACAGGGGAGGCCAUAGAGGACGACGACAAUUUUGAAGAAGGUGAGGAAGGAGAGGAGGAGGAAUUAGAAGGUGACGAGGAGGGAGAAGAUGAGGACGAUGCCGAAAUGAACCCCAAGGGAAGAUCUACUUGGCAAGUGUCUUUUAGUGCCCUACACCUGAGAGGAAACCACCAAAGGAGGAGAGAGAUUUCAAUCUGCCUCAGCUUUUCAUACAGAGCCGGAGACCAGGACCCGAAUGUACUGGGGUCACCUUUCCGUUUUCCCAUUAACUUAAACAAAGCCUAAACUU